AUGUACUGGAUUGUAGCUCUCUUGCCCAUCUUGGUGCUCUCCUCGCCAACUCCCCGGCGGCGAAGACAGUCCUCGCCUGAGCUACUCGCUGACAUUGAAACUAUCCAGCAGUAUUGGGGUCAAAUCACUCCAUACGCCGACAAUGCCGACAACUACUUCGCUGUGGAAGACGUUGGUCUGCCGAAUGGCUGUCAAGUCGAGCAAGCUCAUCUUCUAGAGCGUCACGGAAGUCGCUUCCCCACAAGCUACUUUGAUGAUGCUCUCAACGAUGAGAACUUCGCUGCAAAGAUCCUCAACUGGACCGAGCAAAACCCUGCCAAUGGCUUUUCUGGUCCACUCGAGUUUCUUAACACCUAUCGGUAUGUCCUUGGAGAGGGAGAGCUUGUCGGCCAGGGUGCUGCCCAAUCCUUUGAGGCUGGUGUCACAUUCUGGCAACGCUAUGGCCGUAUCCUCUUCAACGCAACCGUCGGUCAACUAGCCUACAACGGAAGCUUCGCCAACGGCACCGCCCGACCAAGGCCAGUCUUGAGGACGACUGGUCAAGGGCGCAUAGAAAAUUCCCAGAUCAACUGGGCUCUUGGAUUCUUCGGAUCGAGCUUUCAGGAGGAGCCCAACCCGACCUUUGAGAAUGUCACCCAGCCGUUCAACGUAGUGGUCAUUCCAGAGGGCGGAACAGAGAACAAUACUCUCGCUUCUUACGAUAGCUGCCUCAACGCCUAUAAUCUCCCGUUAGGAGCAAAUCAAUCUCUUCUGCCAGUAGGCUAUCUUGGCGACCUCGAUCUAUUGUCAUAUCUGCCGAUCUAUCUCAGCGAUGCUCAGAAACGGCUGUCCAAAUAUGUUCCCCUUGGAUUCAACCUGACCGUCAAUGAUACAUAUGCUUUGCAGAGUAUCUGUGCGUAUGAAACCAAUUACCUGGGGUCGUCUGAAUUCUGUUCUCUCUUCACGGAGAACGAGUGGGCUGGAUUUGAAGCGACCCUCGAUCAGGAAUACUAUUACGACUAUGGUUGGGGCAAUCCAACGGGCCGAGCUCAAGGCAUUGGAUACUUACAAGAGCUCAUUGCCCGCUUGACCAACCAACUUAUCACCUCGUCCAACUCCAGUGUCAAUAGUACCCUUACAAACAACACUCGGGAUUUUCCUCUCGGAAGGAAAUUGUACGCCGAUUUCAGCCAUGACGAUAUUAUCAUUUCUGUUCUUACGGCAGCAUCCGUUGAUUACUUCCGAGACCCGCCGUCGUUAACAGAAUAUCCACCAAACCCUAAUCGUCAUUUCAUUCUCUCACAUCUAACCCCCUUUGCAGCACGACUUGUGACCGAAGUUAUUGGCUGUGGGGCAGAGAAUCCGAACCCUCAGUCUACCGCCCGGACAUAUUACACACCUACUCAAUAUGGUUACAGCCCUCAGAACUCCACGCAUAAGUUCAUCAGACUGAGGCUCAACAACGGUAUAGUGCCGCUUUCGAGUGUGCGCGGUGGAUACUGUGGUAAUCGCAGCGAUGGGCUGUGCCCAUUGAACUCUUUCCUCGAAAGCCAAGCGAACUCCUACAACCUGAGCAACUAUGAUUAUGUCUGUUUCGCAAAUUACACCAUUGGCUAUCCGAAUAACGGGCCAGAUUAUGACGGGACACUCUUCAGUGGCACAAGUUCUGGCACCUAG